UUUCUUGUUUUUGAUAACAUAAUAUAAGAAAUCUUUUUCUGAAUUUUAAAGAUAUUUUAAGAUUAAGUUGUCCGUGAAUCACCUACACGAUGGACUGCCGUUAAAAUGCGUCAGCACCUAGAGCACCUCGACCAUAGAUAACACUCGACAAACGAUCGGCGCAGUGCCAACACCAAAAGCAAAGAAAUAGCGCAUUAAUUGUUUUUUUUUUUUAACAAAAAAAAAUGUUUUGUGUACAAAGGGGCUUUUACUUCCUUACCAUCCUGCCAAGAAUAUUUUUUGGUUAUUCGCUGCAAAAUCGUUUUCAAAGUGUGGAAGGCGAUCUAUUACAAUCUACAAGGAAUGUGGCUAGCGAAAUAUUUUUUUAGCGCGCUUAUAUGCGUUGCGAUUUCGACAGUGACUUCAAAAACUUUGAAGGAUAUUCCCGAAGUUUCCCUAAUGGACGAUGAUUUGGCAGCCAUGCUCGACCGAACUUGCGAUUGGCUCGCACCUCCAAGGAUUAAUAAUGGUAAGGCCACCGUCGCUCUUCGUCGGAAUAGAGAAAGACUCUUCCUGGUGGCCAACUAUGUCUGCAAUGACAACUACGAAACCUUGACUUCCGCUGAUAGUACCAUGUUCUGUUCAAACUAUAAAUGGUUGGGUAACCGACCCGCGUGCAUUCCUCGAUUUACUAAUGGCGUACACUAUUCAGAAUUCGAUAUAAGUAGCUAUGUCGAUUCGAUUCAUGUCAGGAUACCUACACCCGUAACUAAAGACUGUGAGGAUAAUAAUGGCGGUUGUGACCAUAUAUGCAACCAAUCGUCUAACAAAUGCGAAUGUAAUGGGGGUUACUAUGUAAAUCCCAAUGAUCCAAGCAGCUGUAAAGAUAUCGACGAAUGCGAGGAGUCCAAUGGGGGUUGUUCGCAAUUGUGCAACAACUUGCCGGGGGAAUUCGUAUGCUCCUGUAAAAGUGGUUAUGAAAUAGAUGAAUCUGACGGGAAAACAUGUUUGGACAUUAACGAAUGCAAGGAUUCCGCUUUGUCGUGGGACUGUGAAGGUGGCUGCGAGAACCUUAUAGGUUCCUAUCGCUGUCUUCCGUCAACAGAGGGCAUACUCGUAGCCCCAAAUCAGACAUUGCCGGAAGACAACGGUGUCUUGUCGGGCACAAUAGUGUGCAAGCCCGGCUUUGAGCUAUCCCCCGAUGGCCGCGAGUGUCAGGACAUCAACGAGUGUGAAUUGGAGGAUGAAGACCCAAAAACCGGUCUGAUAACCCAUCGCUAUUGUGAGCAUAAGUGUGAGAACUUAAAGGGCUCCUUCCGGUGUCACUGCCCUGAGGGCUACAAUCUGCUCGACGAUAAGCAGAGCUGUGCCUUGGAUGGCUCACCUUCUUCUCCAAAAAACAAUAUCAAAAAAGAUGAUGUUAAAACUCCCAUAGUCGAAACUCCAUGUGGCGCCCAAGAAAAUCUCACAAAAUGCGCCUAUGCGUGCCAGAAUCUGCCAAAUGGAAACUACCAAUGCCAGUGUCCUGAGGGUUAUAAGUUAUCUGAAGAUCAGCAUUCCUGUUUGGUGGAUCAAUACUUCUGCGCCAUGGGAAAAGGACUUGAGAAGUGCUGGCCAGGAAAAUGUUUGCCCCUUAAGAAUGAGAUUGGCUUCACCUGUGAGUGCCCAAGGGGAUUCCGUAGUGAAGGGUUGAGUUGCCAGGACGUUGACGAGUGCGCGGAUGGUUCAAAUUACUGCAGCCACGAUUGUCACAAUAAACGAGGUGGCUAUCGGUGCUCCUGCCCCCAAGGACUAACCCAAAUCAACGAUUUCACCUGUGUGCCUCCCUGUGAGUUUCGUAACAACGGUUGCGAACAGAUCUGCUUGGCUGACAGAGGUGGCGAGUGCUCCUGUCGCGACGGAUAUCGCCUAAAGUCCGAUGGCAAAAGUUGCGAGGUUGUGAAGAGGUGUCAGCACCCUCCCAACGGCAAAGUCCAAUGUUCUGCCCACCCCCACAAGUUAUCUUUUAAAUGGAACUGCCUUACUACCUGCAAUCCUGGCUAUGUCCUGCAGGGUCCGGAGCACAGUACCUGUUAUCCCAGUGGACGUUGGGAAGGUGCAGAGCCCAAGUGCGUAGCUGUCACCCCGAAUCGCGUACCGAGAUCAUUACUCUGUCCUGCUCUAAAACCUGUCCGCAAUGGAGUUAUAAUACCGCAUCGCUGCAUUAAACGUCCCUCCAAAUUUGAAGACAUCUGCAAAUUGAAAUGUAAUCCCGGCUUUGAGCCUAUCGGAGAUUCUCACACAGCCUGCACGAUCCCGUGGGGCUGGUCUUCUUCCGAGCUUCGUUGUCAGCCAUCCAAUCAACGAAUUGUAGAAAGCAUACGGAUCUUCUAAGCCUAAGCUGAGUCCAACUACUGAGUCACCAUACGACUUUUCGAAUCCUCCAGAAACCCCCAUUCGCACAAAUUCCUGGGAUAAUUCGUUUGGAAACUAUAACCAGAGAACUAAGCCUCGGCAUUCGUUUAUAAAUCCUGUUCUGAGUCCAACCACUGAGUCACCAAACGACUUUUCAAAUCCUCCAGAAACCCCCAUUCGCAAAACUUCCUGGGAUAAUUCGUUCGGAAACUUUAACCGGAGAACAAAGUACCCAUCGGAAUAAAAAAAAUCUUUUACGAUUCUGAAAAAAAAA